CGUGUUCUCGCGUGGUUGCUCCACCCCCUCUGGCCUUGUCUUCUCUGCCACUGGGGCUUGAAGUUCCCGCCAGGUGCGGGCCGGACAACAGCAAUGCUUCCCAGCGUUCUUCCACUUUGAGACGGAAGAAACGUCCCAGACCCCUUUCAGGUUGCAGUAGGCGCUGAGCUCUAGGCAGCCAUGUCCACGGGCUUCUCCUUCGGGACCAGCACACUGGGCUCCACCACUGUGGCCGCCGGCGGGACCGGCACUGGCGGCGGUUUUUCUUUCGGGACUGGGACGUCCAGCAACCCUUCUGUGGGGCUCAAUUUUGGAACUUUUGGAAGCACCGCAACCCCAGCAACUACAUCUGCUCCUUCAAGUGGAUUUGGAACUGGACUCUUUGGAUCAAAACCUACCACUGGGUUCACUUUAGGAGGAACAAAUACAGGAAUAGCAACAACUAUAACUACAGGAUUAACUUUGGGCACUCCAGCCACUACAUCUGCAUCUACAACAGGUUUCAGUUUAGGUUUUAAUAAACCCGCAGCAUCUGCCACACCUUUUGCUUUGCCUAUUACUUCUACCUCAGCUAGUGGUUUGACUCUUUCAUCUGCUCUGACAUCAACUCCAGCAGCAUCCACAGGAUUUACUCUAAAUAAUUUGGGUGGAACAGCAGCCACAACUACAACUGCAUCAGCUGGCCUUUCUUUAGGGGGGACCUUAGCUGGUUUGGGAGGUUCACUUUUCCAGAGUACAAACACAGCAACAUCAGGACUUGGACAGAAUGCUUUAGGCUUAACAUUGGGAACUACAGCAGCUACUUCAACUGUAGGCAACGAGGGCCUUGGUGGCAUAGAUUUUAGUAGCUCAUCAGAUAAAAAGAGUGAUAAAACAGGAACAAGACCAGAGGAUAGUAAAGCCCUGAAGGAUGAAAAUCUACCUCCUGUGAUCUGCCAGGAUGUUGAAAAUCUUCAGAAAUUUGUGAAGGAACAAAAACAGGUCCAAGAAGAAAUAAGUAGAAUGUCUUCAAAAGCAAUGCUUAAAGUACAAGAAGAUAUUAAAGCUCUGAAGCAGCUUUUGUCAUUGGCUGCCAGUGGAUUACAGAGAAAUACUAUUAAUAUUGACAAAUUGAAAAUAGAAACUGCUCAGGAGUUAAAGAAUGCUGAAAUAGCCUUAAGAACACAAAAAACACCACCUGGACUCCAACAUGAAAAUACAGCUCCUGCUGACUACUUCAGAAUCCUGGUUCAACAGUUUGAAGUACAGCUUCAACAGUACAGACAGCAGAUUGAAGAACUAGAAAAUCACCUUGCCACUCAAGCAAAUAACUCACAUAUAACCCCUCAAGAUUUGUCAAUGGCUAUGCAGAAAAUUUAUCAAACAUUUGUAGCUUUAGCUGCACAGCUUCAAUCUAUUCAUGAAAAUGUGAAGGUGCUCAAAGAGCAGUACCUUGGCUAUCGAAAAAUGUUUUUGGGAGAUGCUGUAGAUGUGUUCGAAGCCAGACGAACAGAAGCCAAGAAGUGGCAGAAUGCACCCAGAGUUACUACUGGACCUACCCCUUUCAGCAACAUGCCAAAUGCAGCAGCCGUUGCCAUGGCUGCAACACUUACACAGCAGCAACAGCCUGCUACAGGGCCACAGCCAUCUCUGGGAGUUAGUUUUGGAACGCCAUUCGGCUCAGGUAUUGGCACUGGCUUGCAAUCAAGUGGCUUAGGUUCUUCAAACCUUGGAGGAUUUGGAACUAGCUCUGGUUUUGGAUGCAGCACCACAGGGGCCUCCACAUUUGGAUUUGGAACAACAAAUAAACCCUCAGGAAGUCUUAGUGCAGGCUUUGGCAGCUCAAGUACAUCUGGGUUUAACUUCAGCAAUCCUGGCAUCACGGCAUCAGCUGGUUUGACAUUUGGGGUAUCCAAUCCUGCCUCUGCAGGUUUUGGAACAGGAGGACAACUCCUUCAAUUGAAGAAACCUCCAGCUGGAAAUAAAAGAGGAAAAAGAUAAACAUAAUGGGUUGAUGUGUUGAGAAAAUCCAUAGCAGCAUUGUUCCGUCUGAGUCUAUUUUUCUAAAAUUGAUGCAGUAAUUAAAUUGCAUACCAGGAGAUUUAUAAACUUUUGAUAUUUUCCCCUACUCUGAAAUUUGAACUUUGUUUGCUAUGCUAAACACUGUGUGUGUGUGUGUGUGAGAGAGAGAGAGAGAGAGAGAGAGAGUUUAAAUCUCUGCUGUGUAUUUUUCAUUAUUUUGAUUCUCGGUAUAAGAAAUGUUUUUAUUAUAUCACCGGUUAGUAAGGCCUACUAUUUAACUUAGCGUUAAUAGCAAUGUUUUUGUUGAUAAGGUUUACAUUAUGUGUGAGUUAUAUGCACAUUGUUUCUUAUAUAGAUGGUGUGAACUCCAGGACCUAUCUUAGAAUCAGUUUGUUCCUUGAUAAAGGCCUUUUGAACUACAUUGCAGGGCAUCUUGUGAAUAUGUAUGUAAAUAUAUGAAAGAUAAUACACACAAUUCUGUGUGCAUAUAAAAUAUAUAUUUACAAACCUAAUGAUUUUUGCCUCAGACUGUUCCCCCUGUUUAAGGGUAUUCCAUUUUUCACUUGAGCUUGAAAUCCUCAGUGCUUGUACUCUGAUGAGCUAGAGGUGCCAGGUCACUGCAGUUUUUUCUUAAAGACUUGCUGAAACCGCUACUGGUGUAAAUAUUUGACCAACUUAAUUUCAUUGGCCCUACUCUUUUCCAUUUUUGUUUCCUCUGUAACCUUUAGCAGCUACUCCAAAUGAGGAUUGCUGUGAGACUCGUUGAAUCGCUUUUAACAACUUUUAUUAUCCUGUGUAUCCUCAUAUUGCCUAUAUGAGAUGUUUUUUCAUAUCGGGGAUGGGCCUUCAAGAGCAUAUUUGAACUCCAGAAUGAUAUUCUGGAGACAAAGAGCUAUUAAGCCAAAUUGAUUCUAUGCAGGUGAGGGAUGUACUGUUACUACAGUGAAACUUUUCUAGCUAUUCCAGUACAGAGUUCUUUCUUAACAGGGCUAUUGAUAUUGACACCAAAUGGAGUGGCUUAUCAGCCUCUUGACGUCUUAAGUAAGUGCUUAAUUUGGAAUAGAGAAACUAUAUUUUAAGAUAUAAAAUUAUUCUUUGUAGCAACUAUAAACUAUCCCCUAUUUCAACAGUGAACAGAGCUCCAGGUAAUAAUACAUAGGCAUGUCAGGUUGUAUCUGUGUAAUAACUUGUUUAUAAUAUUAACAUAGAGUGGGUGAAAAAGUGAGCCUUUGGAAAGAGAACUGCCUUAGCCAUGAUUUCAGACAGCAACUAUUAGGUAGAACUAUUUAUCUUUCAAGUACUGUUUUCAGAUGGGAUGUGAACAUGGAAUUUCAUUGAAAAUAGUUUAAUUUUUUAUAUAAAAGGUUUUGUACAUAAUGUGCAUCAAGUGAAUAUUUUUCAGAAUCAUUUUCACCAAGGCACCUUUUUUUCUAAAAUAGGUAUUGCAUAUAUAAAUACACACACUAUAUAUUUUUAGUAUAAUGUUUGUUGGGUUUGAUUAUAAAAGUAUCAGAUCUGUUUUAUUUUAUCUGCAUAUAGCAACGAUAAUCGGCUUUUUGGGAUUGAAAUUUUUGCGCCUUGAUGCAUUAAAAUAAGGAAAUGCUUUGUUUCUUAGCACUAAAGUUAUUUUUAUUUUUUGCAUACUUCUCCAAUACUGCAGUCCUCAGAUCCAGGUUUGGGGGGGAGGGUAGGAAAAUGGAUUUUCGUGUUUUGAAUUACUGUUAAAAUUAAAAUUUUUUUUUAAAACAUUGUUUUGUGCUCCAAAAUCUAAAUAUAUAUAUUUGGUUUUUUCUUUAAAUAUUUCCAUUUUAAUAUGUUGAACCACUGGAAAUUUGUAACAGAUCAAUUUGUGAUAGGAGUUUAAAUGUGUUGUCAUUGUCUCUGUUGUCUUCACUUUGUCCAGAGCCUAUCAUUAUGUAAACAAAUAAAGUAUAUUGUGUCAGUUGCUUUGAAUCUUUAUAGCUGUCGAUAUUCUUCAUAUGUAAUUUUUUAAUCAUUGUUCUUUUAUGACUUUUUUUAGUGUUGUCAAUGGUUUAUACAAUUUUUUUAGACAAGACCUACUAAGCCCUCUAUCAGUUGCUUUUGUCUUCUCAAAACUCAGAAGCCUUUUUAGUUAUCAGAAGAAUAUUGAGUAAAAAGUAAAAGUUCCCUUUAAUGCUUUAGGGUCCUUCAUUUUCUCCUACAGUAUCUACUCUUAAUAGUUUGUUGUAAAUCCUUCCAUACCCUUUAAAA